AAAAUGGCAGAGUCGGAUCUGAAAACGGUCACAGCAGCGAUGGAUGCGUUGGUUCGUGUCAGUGCAAACAUGGGGAGCAUGGAGCGAGAGCUGCUUUGCCCGGUAUGUAAGGAGAUAGCGAAACAACCAGUGGUCUUACCGUGCCAGCACAGCGUCUGCCUCAUGUGUGCCUCUGAAGUUCUCGUGGCGAAUGGCUACCCACCCCCGGAGCUUCCCCCAGAGCCCAACUCUCCAGCCUCGACGCCCAACACCCGCUCCCCCCGCCAAGCUCGCAGGCCCACACCUAAAGCCGAGCAGCGACCCAUUGACCGUGUCCUACGGGCAGGAUAUGGUACAUACCCAGGACGACGACGGAAGGAAGGCCCGCCCUUGGUGAUGAUGUUCCCCUGCAUCCCCUGUGGCAGAGAAGUGGAGCUAGGGGAGAAGGGUCUGACAGACUGCCUUCGCAACCUCACCCUGGAGCGUAUAGUGGAGAGGUACAGACACACAGUUAGCCUUGGCAGUGUGGCUGUCAUGUGCCAGUUCUGUAAGCCUCCUCAGGCACUGGAGGCCACCAAGGGCUGCACUGACUGCAGGGCCAGUUUCUGUAACGAGUGUUUUAAGCUGUACCAUCCCUGGGGGACGCCGCGAGCUCAACACGAACACAUCCAGCCCACACUCAACUUCAGACCUAAGGUUCUGACCUGUCCAGAGCACGACCAGGAGAAACUGCAGUUUUACUGUAGGUCCUGUCAGCGCCUGCUGUGUCCCCUCUGCAAGCUGCGCCGUCUCCAUGCUGGGCACAAGAUAUUGCCGGUGGCCCAUGCAUACCAAGCCUUAAAGGAGAAGAUUACCAAGGAGAUGAACUACAUUCUGUCCAACCAGGAGACCGUUCUGGCUCAGAUUACCCAGCUGGAGAGUGCCAUCACGCAGACCGAGGUGAACAGUGUAGCCGCCAGAGAGCAGUUGGCUCAGAGCAUCAGAGAUCUGACCGCCGCUCUGGCAGAGCGCCACUCCUCGCUGACCCAGGCUCUGGAGGCAGCGCGACAGAAACGGGGCGAGGCGUUGGCCGGCCAGGUGGCGGAGAGACGGAGCUUGCUGGAGCACACAGGGCUCAUGGCAUUUACUCAGGAGCUCCUGAAAGAAACGGACCCACCCUGUUUUGUGCAGGCGGCCCGCCAGACUCACAACAGAUUAAACAAAUCUAUCGAGAACCUCCAGUGUUUCUCUCUGGCGGCUGAUCCGUCCUUCAGACACUUCCAGCUGGACGUCUGCAAAGAGCUCAAACUCCUCACAGAGCUGCACUUCAUCCAUGCUCCUCUGGCCCCAGUGAUUGACACCCAGCGUACCCUGGCCUACGAUCAACUUUUCCUGUGCUGGCGACUGCCUCCGGACUCAAGCCCCGCCUGGCACUUCUCUGUCGAGUACCGCCGUCGCGGCGUGGUCCCAGGAGGAGGGUCCAGAGGUGGCAUCAGAGGAGGAUUGGCUGCAGCUCGCUGGGGCUGGCAGCGAUUGGAUGAAGUGAGCGGGACCAGCGCCGUGAUUGACAGAUUGGAGAUGGACAGUGUGUAUGUCCUGAGGGUGAGAGGCUGCAACAAGGCGGGUUAUGGAGACUACAGCGAGGAAGUAUAUUUACACACCCCGCCGGCACCAGUGUUGAACUUCUAUCUGGAUUCUCGUUGGGGUCUUCACGCUGACCGGCUGGUGGUUAGUAAGGAGCAGCGUUGUGCCCGCAGCGUCCCCGGCCUCUCUCUGCUGCAGGCCGCUGACCUCGCCCUCACUUCUUGUCACCUUACCUCUGACCUCCUGGUGGGGGAUGUGGCCAUCACACAGGGGCGUCACUACUGGGCAUGCUCAGUGGAGCCUGGGUCUUACUUGGUCAAGGUCGGUGUUGGCCUGGAAUCUAAAUUACAGGAGUGGUUCCACCUUCCUCAGGACAUGGCCAGUCCUCGCUAUGACCCGGACAGCGGUCAUGACAGCGGGGCAGAGGAUGCACUGGACUCUCCUCCACCCUUCUGCUUCCUCACCAUGGGGAUGGGCAAAAUCUACUUGCCCCAGCACCAUCACAGUAAUCAUGGCACCCGAGAUCCCAUCACCAACAGCAACAGCCCCUCCUCGCCCACGGGUCUCACCUACCCGUUGCCACCCCGGCUUGGGGUGAGCCUUGACUUUGAGAAGGGCCGUGUCACCUUUUACGACGCCCACUCUCUCCGGCCUCUCUGGGAAGGGCACGUGGAUUGCUCCGGCCCAGUGUGCCCGGCUUUCUGUUUCAUCGGCGGAGGGGCACUGCAGCUGCAGGAGCUGGUGGCUAAUCGUAAUGCAGAUCAGACUCCUGUCAGAAGGGUAACCAUCCAACCCCGCGUUUCUAACCUGAACAAUAACUGA